UGACGUUUCCCGAGUCUUCAUUCGCAGUUGGCACUGACUGCACGAAGUAGCGGAACUAGAUACAAUCUGUUUCCAAAGGUUGAACGCGUCCGCGAGUGAAGAAUACGAAAAGAAGAACGAAGAAAAUAAAGUACAACGAACGAUUCUCAUAUUAUCCAACAAAACUUUUCAGCUGCCUUUGGAAAAGAGCGAACAGUAAUUUUUGUGUUGUUUCAAUAGUCAACGUUUGGCUGUUCCCUAAAAAAAGUGCUUCGAAAGUGUCUUUAAAGUGCAUAAACAUGAAGGGAAGAGAAAAGAUUUGUGCGAAAUUGUCCAGUACCUUUUUGAGAAAGUGGUGGUUCGUGGUAGCAGUGUCAAUAGGAUGUUUACUAUUUGGGAUAAUGGUAUUAAUAUUCUUCACCGCUUGGGUCAACUUAGUCGUAGAUCAUAAAAUGACUUCCAACACCGAACUUGCUUGCGUCUACUCAGCCCUAAUUCUGGUUGAUGAUGAUAUUGCCGUGACUGGUGAGAAAAUCCAGACCAUCCUCAAAGCAGAAAAUGUUGACGUAGAACCAUACUGGCCUGGUCUUUUUGCAAAAGCGCUAGAAGGAAUCAACGUCAGGGAACUGAUCACCAACAGUGGGUCUGGAAGUGCCACCUCUCAAUCGAAACACGCCGCCAGGUUUUUGAGGCUCGCGAUGGCCAGCAUUAUGGACAUUUUGAAGAUCAAACCCUUCGUUGAAGUGUCAGUGGGUCAGCUAUUGUGGGGUUACGAGGAUCCCUUGCUCAAAUUAGCCAAAGAUGUUGUUCCUAAGGAACAGAAAUUACCUUAUGAAGAAUUUGGUCUUAUGUAUAAGAAAAAUGGUACCUCAGAAGACACAUUGACAAUAUUUACUGGGUCUGAAGACAUAUCGAAAUAUGGUCUGAUUGACAAAUUCAACGGAAAGGAUAAUCUAACACAUUAUAGCUCAGACGAAUGCAACAGUGUCAUGGGUUCAGAUGGUUCUAUCUUUCCACCACACAUGACUGUGAAUACUACUAUUCAUUUAUUUGACAAGGACCUUUGCCGAAGAUUGCCUUUAGUUUCAGAUUCUCCAGUUCUACUGUCUUUUCCACACUUUUAUCUUGCCAAUGAUAGUUACAGACUCGCUCUAGAUGGUAUCUCGCCUCCAGAUCCAGAAAAGCAUUCGCUCUAUAUGGACAUUCAACCAAUGAUGGGUACUGCUAUGGCAGCGAAAGUUCGGGUCCAAAUCAACUUGGCCGUGUCACAAGUUGUAGACAUAAAACAAGUUGCCACCUUUCCGGAUAUAAUAUUCCCUAUAAUAUGGUUUGAAGAGGGUUUGGAUUCGCUUCCCGAAGAAAUGACUGGCCUGAUGAAGCUGGCCACAAAAAUACCGCCAAUAGCACAAGUCGUCCUCGCAAUAAUACUUUUUGUAGUUGGAGCAAUCCUAUUGGUCAUUGCAAUAUGGAGGAUCGUCAGGGGCGCAAAUAGACUCAGCUCUCUACACUUAGCUCCCGGACACGUGGGCCAACCUAAUAAACCUAAAGAUGUGCCUAUGGCCAAUGUACAGAAAUAUUGAAUAAAAAACUUUCGAAAGGGGUAGGAAAAAGUGAACAGUGCACAUUCCAUGGAACGUGAAAUAAAUUUCAUCAAGUGAAACGAGAUAUAUUGAUUUGAUUAGUGGCAUUAUUGAUGAUUGUUCCCGACAUCCUUAUGGAAGAAUAAAAAAUCAACUAUGUGAGAUUCUUUCGUAAUUCAUCAACUCCACUUUUUAACAACGCAAAAAACAACUUUUUGAAAUAUGUUAAGUUCUUUGUUAAAAGUAUGUUGUGGAAAUCUCGAUGGUUGAUUUUUUCACUUUCUUCUACCUGCUUCAGGUAUCGAAUUUGAAAAUAAAAUGUGAUAGUUUUCAUUAUAGCAAUGUCUUCCUGCCAAUUGGCCCUUCCUGGAUAUUGAAAUACUUUUAUAUUUUCAAGUUUUUAUUUUUAUCAGUGUAUAAAUAUAUUCUUCAAUUUGUUAUAAAGACGUGUCAAAUUGAAUUUCGAAUAUUCAAUAGGAUUCUCUCAGACAUUUCUGACUGGAAAUGACGAAACUAUUUGAAAGAAAACUUUCAGAUUUGAAUACUCAGAAAAUGUUACUCCAUUUUUCCACAUGAAAAUGUUCACGAACAAAUUAUAUUAUUCACAAAGAAAGUUGACGAUUACCUAUUGAUUCAGGUUUGAUUCUGUUAAACAUUGUCAAUUUUGACUUGAAAUUAUUCGUUUAUAUUCACCACUGAAAUAGGUUUGAGGUGAAAUGGUUUGCUCAUGUUUAGGUUUACUAUUUUUAAUUUAUAGAUAUAUAUUUGAAUUCCAAAUAAUAUAUUUGAAUGCGAUGGGUGCUGUGUGUAAAUGUAAGUACAAAACAAGAAAAACUUUCUUCUCUGGCCUUCAAUAAUGGUUGAAAUAUUCAAAACCUAAUGUGAGUUUAAAUGACAAAUAUCAUGAAAUCUUUGGGUUAUUGAUUUAUUUACUGUAUAAUGUAGAACAAGGUAAUAUUUUUGUAGGUAGAUAUAUAUUCUAUGACUUUGAAAAUACACAGUUUUUUACCAUUU